AUGGCGAAGCAUGAGGAAGCUCUCGAUUUUGACCUUAACGAGCUCCCCUUUGAGCAGCGUGAAGCAGAGAGAGGAACGCAUGAAAAUUUCAAUGGAGCUUCUUCUUCAAGGCACAUCGGUAUUGACCUUAACGAGCCGCUGCCAUUCUCUGACUCUGUGUCAGAGCGAAGUGAGUAUGAACAGCUUAAUGGAGCAUCUUCGUUGAACAUCCGUAUUGACCUUAACAAGCCUCCCUCCGAGUAUGAGACUCCUUGGCUGUCUUUAUCCUUAACCUAUCAUCAGAGCAUCCCUGAAACCCCACCAAACCCUAAUCCCCAACCUUCUACGUCGAAGGGAAAGAAGCCUCUCGUGCGAAAAAGAAGGAAGAGUAGUGGUGGAAACAAGAGAGGAAAGAAGCCGAGACGCGAGGCUGCUUUGGUAGUUGAUCCACCACCGACGCCAGCGUGGCUUGUGCAGGCGAUGGAAUCCAUGGAAGAAGCAGAAGACGCGCGGCUCAUCUUGAAGAAGUCUCUUUUCAAGAGUGAUGUGAAGCGAGCGCAGAGCCGUUUCUUAAUCUCUUUCAAUCAGCUAGAGAGAAACGACUUCCUGACGCAAGAGGAGUCGAUAUUAUUAGAACAAGACAAAGUGGAUAAAGUCGAGAAAGGCAAGGGAAUUAAAGUAGUUGUCGUGAAUCAAAGGUCUGAAAAGUGGAACUUGCGUUUCAAGAAAUGGGAGAUGAGGAAUAAGACCUCUGAGAGCGGAAGCUUGCACUACGUCUUGAAUCGUGGCUGGAACGACAUCGUUGAGGGUAACACAUUGAAAGCCGGCGACAAGAUAGAUCUUUGGUCCUUUAGGUCUCAAGGAAGCCUAUGCUUUGCCCUUGCGAAAGAGUAG